GCUCACCGAUGUUGAGGCCGAUGAUCACUACGCACUGAACGCCUGGACUAGCUGCUAGGUCUCUUACUCUCUGGGGAACUUACAUAUGAUGGACACACUAUUCGUGUUUCUUGUGUGGUAUCUGUGACUGUUCUGUGACUGACCGAUCUGUGCAGGAUGCAGCUGUGUGCCAACAACAGUCCCUUGGCGAUCGACAUGGACAGGACGACGGACAUGAGAGAGGCAAGCACAGCGGAGAUACUGGCCCCUCCGCUCCUCGUGCUAGGGGCCUGCUAUGUGGCUUUGAUAAUCCUGUGGAUGAAGACCCACGGCGGAUAUGUCGCUCGUCUGCUCUUGCCGAGAUGUCUAGGGAGCAACUCCACUGAUGACGUCUCCAACGGACGAUUCAACAAGAGCACGUACAGGGACGAAUGUUGCGCAAAACCCUUGCUGUCAAUGGAGGACAAGAAGGUCCUCCAAACUCUCACCGGACAGACAAAUACUUUCAAAGAGCUAGUUAAAAUCGUGACGCCCGCAACCAUGUCUCUCGCCUUUUGUCCUCUCACUCUCUUCACGCACAGUCUGAUUUUAGAAGGAUUCUGGCCGAAGGAUGCCUUUCCCAAGGCCCCGAAUAUCAAUGAUGGCAUCGCGUGUUUCCUUGUUCCGGCGGGGAUGGUAUACGCCAUAUCCUUCGGGUUUGCCUUUCAGGCGGUGUUCACUCGCCAUCAGGACACCGACAGGUGUAUCAGCGAGGAAGUGAAUACCAUGAACCGAAUUAUCUCCCUUGUGUCACGGAUGCAGUUUCCCAGCCCAAAGACACAACUGGGGAUCCUCAGAGUCAUCAAGGGUGAACUCAUUGCUAUGGUGCAGGAUGUACUGGGCACGCAGCCAUGUUUGGACUACGACGCAGGGAAAGAAGCGUUUCAAGACCUCAUCCGGGUUCUGGCAUCAGAGUAUUCGAUGGUGUCAUCGCAGAACGACGCUGUGUUACGCAAGCAGGCUAUAAAACUGAUAUCAGCCCAAGUAUACCGCUUUGAGCUGAAGUGCCCUCACACGCAGAGACUCAACCCUGUAAUGUGGGGAGUUCUGGAGACGCUGGGCUACUUCAACUUCAUGGCCAUGCUGCUGGUACAGACCCAGUCCUAUGGGAUGGAUCUGUCCAUGUGUAUCAUCACCGUCAUCUCCAUCUCCAUGUUGUGUUACAUCAUCGCCGACCUUGACAACCCUUUCAACGGCUUCUUCAGAGUCAACCUCUCUGUGUUUCUGUCGGUCGUCACAAGGCUUGAGGUCAUUUACAGUAAGUGCGUCCUCACCAUGUGCCGUCACAUCAAGGACACACGUGACCAUAACCACGUGAGCGUAACCACGUGACUCUUUAUGGAUCGGGAUUUCUUGUUACAUGAUUUUCUGUAUUUAUCCUAAGUGCAACAAUAUUCCAUGUCGUAUUGACCAAACAGGGUCUACCCGAAUAAUAGUGAUGUUCUUUUAAUAAUAAUGCUUUUUACCUGUAUAUCUCGGAUCUCAAAAGUGCCAAUGUAUACAAUGCCAUGUUCCGUCCAACUAUUUCUGUCCAUAACGGCCUUUCGGUGAUACUAAUGAUGCUUCAAUGUUUGUUUA